AUGACAGGAAUGCAUUUACGUUUGCUCGACUGAAUAACAACGACGUCUCUGUCAAAAGACGCGGCCGCUGUCCGCUGCCAAGCUGAUUUCACUAAAUAUAUUAUAUGCUCGCAUCCUGACAUAAUUCCUGAGCAAUUGAACUCCACUCUCAGCCACUGAUCUAUUUGCAGGGUUUCAUUCGAGGGAAAGGGAUAGAUAAGCCAGUAGUGGAACAUCAUGGCGAUCUUGACAAGAUGCUGCUGCUUUGACAAUGUCAGGACUGGUUCCAAAGCGUGUGGUGUAUAUUCCUUGAUCUACUGCUUGGUGAGCGUGGGUAUACUGCUAUGGGAGUUCGUGGACUACAUCGAGAUGUCUUCGUAUACUGGUGCGUGUUCAAUGUGCGAACUAAUAACUGUUGCCCCAACAAACCCCUCCUUGAUCAUCAAUGGGGCGGCAAGGAAAGGUCUUUACGCUGCCUACAGUAUUGACCUGGUCGUCCUGAUCUUUCUAUUCAUCGCAUCCAUUAUCCUACUGGUGGGCGUGGCUAAGAACUCCAAGUGUAUGUUAAUACCAUACAUGGUUGCAAUUCCAUUACUCAUUGUACUUCAGCUCAUCUCUUGGAUUAUCGUAUUUGUUUUCAUUGGCAUGGGAGAGGUUGCUGAGCAUGUAAUCGACAUCGCACAAUGUGUCGUCUGGUUCGUCGUGACGGCACCAAAGAUCUUGUGUCUGAUUUGCGUACUAUCACAGUACCAGGAGCUUAAAGAUGGGCGUGGCCGACAAUAUAACAUGGUAUAACCAUGGCAACGCGUCAACCAACAACAUCCAGACAACACAUGUAGGACAACUUGGGUAAAUAAUUCGUCAAAUGUCGACUGGACAGAAUUGUGAUCAACCGAUCAGUUAAUGAUAGAUGACAUGUUGAUAGACCGAUAUGCACUUGAUAAACAACACAAAGGAAGGAAACAAAACACGAACAACUCUUUGUACUGAAAGGUUAACGAUGAAUUUAGUUCCAUGAUUGUUCAAAGGGUCUUACAGUACGCCACGUACUAUUUUGAACAAGCUGUAUUAAUGUUAAAAACGCAAAGAACAAACCUUCUCAAUACACUAGAGUAUCGAUGUAUGCAAACAGGUCUAUACAAAACAAUUGAUAUAGUGCCAGGAAAAUCCAAGCAAAGGUAAGGGCAUAAUUAAUUAUUUUACUGCAUGACAUCACAUGGUGAAAUGACCUGAAAGACCGCCAAAUUUUGAGAGAAUGCCGGAUAUGGAACUAAUAAUAUGGCACCGAACAACACGCUAGACCGGCAACAUGUAGCCGUCAAUACAAUCAUCAUCCCAUAAAUGAUAUAGUGUAUUAACAAAUCUGCCAACCCACGCAAUGAUAUCAUAAGAGUAAAA